GAUAUUGUGAUAAUUCUUGACGAGUCAACUAGUAUAGUAUCUGGAUCCAACGGUAAUCAGAACUGGGAGUCCAUAAAAAACUUUGCAGUGCAGAUAGCUGAUUCUUUUCCCAUUUCAACUGAUUUAACAAAAAUUGGAAUUCUAAAAUUUUCAACUUCAGCAAAUGUUAACCAAAAAAUUGAUUUAAAUAGAUACCUCACAAAUUCCGAUUUGAAAAGUGCCAUUUUAGCUUUUGAUCUUGUUGGUGGAGAAACAAACAUUGCGGAUGCCUUAAGAAAUGGUCGGAAUAUGUUUUCACAAAGCUUGGGAUCGAGACCAGAUGCUCCUCACAUUAUGAUUUUACUGACAGACGGUCAAGCAAAUCGUGAAGCUGAAAAAACAAUCAUUGAAGCAAACAUGACUAAAGCUGCUAAUAUAAUCAUUUACACAAUUGGUGUAACAAGUCAAAUAGACGAAAAUCAAUUGAAAAACAUUGCUACCGCUCCGUCCGAUAGUCAUUAUUUUUAUGUCACUGAAUAUUCAAAACUGGAUAGUAUUAUAACUGAUUUAGUAGCACAAUCGUGUAAA